AUGCUCAAAGGACCUUAUCACUUACUCAAUUAUAUAGCUGCCUGUGAGCUCUUAAAGACCUUCUCUAUCGAUACUAAUCUGAGAUACACUACUCCAACCAAUUACCUACCAAAUCCUUUCAAGAAGACGGAUUACCACUGA